GUUGCAACCGGAUCGGCUCUAAUCAGUUUUCCGAUUUCCCACCUUCUGUUACCGAUCUGAAGCAUCUCAGGCGGAGAUGGCGUUUUUCCUGAAGAAUUCAUCGCUUUCAUCUCAUUUCCGAUCGCGCUCUCAGGAAGCGCUUUCAGUCCCUCGCCGUGGAUUCCAUGUCGAGCUUGGGCAGCGGGAAAAAGCUCUCUUGGCUGAUGACCCAGCUAUUCGUAGAUUCAAGUCACACAAGUCAGGCGUCUCAAAAAUUAACAAGAUUGGAGAUUUUCUCACAGUCGUCGUUGUAGUCGGGUGCUGCUAUGAGAUUUACGUGAAAGCAACAAUGCGCGAAGAAUCAAGGAAAAAGGGAGGCGUGAGUCCAUAAGCUUGUGCAGCUGCCAACACUCGUACCAGUGUCAUCCUGUUUUCCCUUUGGCAACUGAACAACCUGCUUGUAGGCUGGUGUGAUGAUGUUCUCUGACUAGAUGCCGAUAGUUGUGGUUCAUAAGCAGAUGAUGAAUAAAAAUGUUCAGCUUUGGUAGAUGGAUAUAGACACUCUAGCAUCCCGUUGUUUAUUGGCUGGAAUUUGGUAUGUAGCUCGGCUCUCUGGUUAUUUUCGAGGGGCAUAUCGAAUUGAUUGGUGUAACCACAUCUCUCAGUUUCAAAUGGCACGAUGAAUAAGGCAUAAUGGUUUUCUGGGGAAAUGUUCAAAUGAUUGUGACUUUGUUAAGGAAUUCAUUUGCGGAAGGGCUAAUACCACUACAACAUCCGAACUAUCCGGAAAAUGUCACUUGUGUCCUAUUGUUUACAAUAUUUCAUGUGUCAUGAACUAUUAUUCCGUUAGUGUUGACUGGUGUUGAUCGUUAGUAUUUAACAGAAAAUCCAGUCAGCGUUGACGUGGCGUCUGACUUGGAAUUUUCAUUUAUUUUUCCAUCUAAAAUAAUUAAAACAAGGAAAACAAAAUAAAAAUUAUGGAAAACUACAAAAAUAAAAAAAUAACUCAAAUUAAUUCACUUUCUUUCUCUCCAGCUUUUGAAGAAAAAUCCGCACCUUCUCACCAAAACUUCAAUCAAUUGCAUCUGAUCAGUCGUUCGUCGCCUCAUCUCCAAUCGUCCUUUUCCUUUGAUCUCCGAUGAACCCCCAUCGACGACCCUGCUUCUCUAGCCCUUUCUCUCUCCACAUGUCUGUCUCUCCUCUCCUGCACGAUUCUCCUGUUUCAAUGAACAAAAUCGACCAAGCCUCAUCCUCAUGGUCAAAUCGGACCCCAUACGUUGUUCCCACAGAUCUUCAUGAUUUUGUCAAGCCGGAUGAGGGAGAUGGGUGUGCCUUCCACUGUAGAGGAGGGAUCUUUCGACAACGAUGAAGAUGGGGCUGGAGAGGAUCUGAGAGAGAGAGAGAGAGAGAGAGAGAGAGAGAGAGAGGGAAAUCGGAGAAAUCAAGCGGCAAGUUUUCACCUCUCCAGCUCUGCCACAUCUCCACAAGUCGUCGAUUCAUCUCCACAAGUCGUCGAUUCAUCUCCAGAUCUAUAUUUCCUCUGCCCGCAAGUUCAUCUCUAUCUCUUUGUCACCACUUGGCUUCGAUCGCCUCUUGCAGUUGUCCAGAAGUGGAAAUGGUUUUUCCUCUUUCCAUUUCCGGAUUUCAAAGCUCGAUGUUUCAAGCACUCAUCGCGACGAAAGAGUCACGACGAUUGAGUUGCUGGGGAUUAAUAGCGGUAAGUAUUCAGUUGCUGGAAUACCCAAGACCAUUGCUGGGAAUUAAUCCCAAGUUGACCCUUCCAAAUCCCUAAUCGGGAGAAAUCAAAGAGAAAGGUGACAUGGAUGGUGAAUAGCAAAGGAUGGCUGAUGAGAAGUACGUAUUGUUUGCUGGGGAUUGAAAAUAAAAAAUCUUUCCACCGUUCACCACUCAUCCUUCUCCGAUUCAUUGGUAGGAUUCGAGUCCGCACCUAUAGUUUGUGGGGAGUUGUUUAUUGUUCAGAUUAUAUUUUUUAUUUUUAUUUUGAAUUUUGGUGUUUUAGAAUAUUAUUCAGUAAUAUUCUUGAAUUUAAAGUUUUUUCAAUUUUUUAUUUUCAAAGUUUUAUUUAAUUUAAAUUAAAAAUAUGAGGUGUCAAUGACUUGGCAUUGCAAGGUCAACAAAAGUCAAUGUUAAGU